UAUAAAUGGCGGCACUAGUCAUAAAUGCUGUCGUCGUUUUUUAUGUGAAAUAGUUCACAAUUUUCUUUUCAUUGGUCUAUAAUUUCAGUGUUCUGAAUACAAUACAAUAUGGAAAUGUGAUUGAAUUAUAGCUUUUGGGAUUGUUGUUAUUUUUCAUAAUUCUAGAGGACUCGGAAAAGUUUGCAUAAUGUCGAGCGAUGAAGACAAACCGCCCGCGCCUCCGGUGCGUUUGACUAGUAACCGAGCUACCGAUCGCGGAGACUCCGUGGCUUCUGUGGAUAUGAGGCCACUGCCAAAAGAACCUGAUGAUGGUGGUGAUAGGAAAAAGAAAACACUAAAAGCUAAAAUAAAAGGCUCCAAAAGUACAGCUCAUAAUGAUAAUAAACCUAAUAUUAGCUAUCCAACCAAUUUUGAACAUACAGUACAUGUAGGUUUUGAUGCAGUUACUGGAGAAUUUACAGGCAUGCCGGAAGCCUGGGCGAGGCUACUAAUGGCCUCUAAUAUUAGUAAACAAGAACAGAAGAGCAAUCCUCAAGCCGUUCUUGACGUCCUCAAGUGGUAUGAUGCGUCUGCAACCCAGCCACCAGCAUCCAAAUACAUGACCUCUGCGCAAAUGCAUACCACUCAUUCAGGGUCUUCAGUAUCGCGAGUAUCCUCAAGCAGUCCAUCUUCAUCAACUCCAACAGACACGGAGCACCCGGAGCCGCCGCCACCGCCACCGUCUCGGCCCGACCGCACUAAGAGUAUUUAUACAAAACCCAUAGAGGAAGAGGAAGCUCCUCCACCGAGGCCGGUUGCUGCGCCCGCGUCGCCGCCGCAUGUCGCACAUCCUGCUAUAACAACUCAUUCGAUAUGCAGCCGAGUGGAUGUGGGUGGGUCACCGCUGCCACUGGACCGCAAUAAGAACCCGGCGCAGGCCGCCCCGCAGACGCCCCCCGCGCACGCCCCACACCCCCCGCACCCGCAGCACCCCCCGCACGUGCCCAUCGCGCCCCCCGCCAACGGCGCACAGACCAACACUGACACGGGACGAGCAACCGGACAACAGCAAAGAAAGAAAAAGAUGACAGAUGAAGAAAUUUUAGAAAAAUUAAGAACAAUUGUUAGUGUUGGUGAUCCAAAUAGAAAGUACACCAAAAUGGAGAAAAUUGGCCAAGGUGCGUCAGGUACGGUGUACACGGCCAUAGAGACAUCGACCGGCAUGGAGGUAGCCAUCAAGCAGAUGAACCUCAGCCAGCAGCCCAAAAAGGAGCUAAUCAUCAACGAGAUCCUCGUGAUGCGGGAGAAUAAACACAACAACGUUGUCAAUUACCUGGACAGUUAUCUCGUCAAUGAGGAAUUAUGGGUUGUUAUGGAGUACCUUGCGGGCGGGUCUCUGACGGACGUGGUGACGGAGACGUGUAUGGACGAGGGGCAGAUCGCGGCGGUGUGUCGCGAGGUGCUGCAGGCGCUGCACUUCCUGCACACCAACCAUGUCAUACAUCGGGAUAUUAAAUCCGACAACAUACUGCUCGGCUUGGACGGACAAGUUAAAUUAACUGACUUCGGUUUCUGUGCGCAAAUAUCGCCGGAGCAAAAUAAACGAACGACAAUGGUGGGGACGCCGUAUUGGAUGGCCCCUGAAGUUGUGACAAGAAAGCAGUAUGGACCAAAGGUGGAUGUAUGGUCCUUAGGUAUAAUGGCGAUUGAAAUGAUCGAAGGCGAACCUCCAUACCUAAAUGAAAAUCCACUUCGGGCACUUUAUUUGAUCGCGACGAAUGGCAAGCCCGAUAUCAAAGACAAGGAAAAGCUGAGCACUGUAUUUCAGGAUUUUCUAGAUCAAUGUCUAGAAGUCGAUGUAGAAAGGCGCGCAACUGCAUUAGAUUUACUUAAGCAUCCAUUUUUGAAGAUGGCAAGACCGUUGGCGUCUCUAACUCCCCUAAUUAUGGCCGCAAAAGAGGCUGCAAAAGGACAUUAGCGCAGGCCACCGGCGCCCGCAGCGCCCGCGCGACACUAGCGCCCCCAGUGCCUACACGUGCCUACACGUGCUGUACACGUGCCUACGCGUGCCUACACGUGCCUACACGUGCUGUACACGUACGGACAUACGAACCAAACUAAACAUGUAAGCUGCGAACAUUCGGCAAUAGCAUUAUGCAGUGUGUUAUGGUAAAGUAUGUUGUCAGUGAAGCUUGUUUUGUAAAGUGGCUGCGUUAGGUUACAGAAGUGAUCGUAUUUUUACAAAAGAAUCGUUAAUAAAUGUGCAGUCCAGUAGUUGUAAAGUUCUGUAGUAUUGUGUAGAAACAUUAUUUAUUAAAGUUGGCUAGCUCCAGCGGGGGAUCAGUUUACUGCGGAACGAAUCGAUGGGCUUUAUAGGGUGUAGAUAUACUGUAGUGUUAGGAAUGAAAUUUGGAACGUAACAAAAUAAUCUGCAAAUGAAGACUGGCGGUUAACUUUUAGAAGUUGUAAAGUAUAAAUAGUAGAUGUACUGUAGUUCUGUAAUAGUAAUAUAGCCGGAUCAGCUUUUGACUGUGACGGUAGCCAGGAGAUUGUGGCAGCAGUAGACUGAUUCGUUCGCACAGUUUGUGGGCGGUAGCAGGAGUGGUACGAGGCAUAUACUGAUUACAGGCGAGGUCCCUCGGGGCGACGUAUUAGUCCCCGCCUUAGAUGCGGUUGUUUAAAGGGAAAAGUUGACAGUUUUAUAACUUGGAAAUAAUAAUGAUAUGAAGAGUGUUUCCUAUUUAAGAAUAAUGUUUAAAUUAAGGUCCCGCUUUAAGAGGGUUUUUAAAAUCAAGUA